AUGAAAGCUCUCGUAUACCGAUCAGUAGGAGAUGUAAAGCUGGAGGAGCGUCCAAUUCCAAGAAUCUCCCAACCAACCGACGCAAUUGUCAAACUCACCAAGUCCACGAUAUGCGGGACGGACCUUCACAUUAGCAAAGGGGACGUCGCAACCUGCAAGACGGGUACCAUUCUUGGUCAUGAAGGUGUUGGCAUAAUUGAGGAGACGGGGGAAUCAGUUCGUGGAUUCAAGAAAGGAGAACAUGUCUUGAUAUCUUGUAUCUGCUCCUGUGCUACCUGCGAAUAUUGUCGGAAGGGAAUGUACUCUCAUUGUACAACUGGAGGUUGGAUUCUCGGAAAUACAAUCGAUGGCACGCAAGCAGAAUACGUUCGAAUUCCUCACGCCGAUUCCUCCCUCUAUCCAAUACCCAAAGGAGCAGACGAAGCUGCAUUGGUCAUGUUGAGCGAUAUAUUUCCUACUGGCCUUGAAUGCGGUGUUCUCAAUGGCAAAGUUCAACCUGGAAGUACUGUCGUUAUUGUCGGUGCUGGUCCUGUUGGUCUUGCUGCUAUGAUUACUGCUCAACUCUAUUCUCCCUCUACAAUCAUCGUCAUCGAUAUGGACAACAAUCGAUUAAGAGUGGCUAAAUCACUCGGGGCACAUCAUACAAUUGAUCCGACGAAUGGAAAAGCUGCAGAGACUGUGAAAGCUUUGACAGAAGGGAAAGGAUGUGAUACUGUAAUUGAAGCUGUUGGUAUACCUGAGAGUUUCGAUCUCUGCCAGAACCUUGUUGCUCCUGGAGGUGUGAUUGCCAAUGUUGGAGUACAUGGAACAAAAGUUGAUUUACAUCUUGAGAAUCUGUGGGCAAAGAAUAUUGCAAUUACUACUCGCCUCGUCGAUACCGUCACUACACCUAUGCUUCUCAAGCUGGCACUUUCGGGAAAGCUAGAUCCAUCAAAAUUGAUUACUCACAAAUUCGCUUUCAAGGAUAUGGAGGAAGCAUAUAAUACUUUUGGUGCAGCAUCGAAGCAUGAAGCUUUGAAGGUUUUGAUUGAAUUUUGA